AUGGCCCAGGUGGUUUGCACCGGAUUGUGGAAAAUUUGGCAAGCUAGAAACAACCUGGUCUUCAAGAGUGAGAUGCCAAAUCCACAAGUCAUGGCGCAUUCGAUUGUGGAUUCUGUGAAGGAAUGGAGCGAUAUUAGGAAAACCAGGCAGUGUAGAGCAUCUGAUCUGGCAAAUGUAAUGGUCCCAAACUGUUCUUGGUUUAUUCAGUCUGAUGCAGGUUGCUUUGAAAGUGGUAUCGUGUCGCUUGGCUGUGUGAUUAAAUCGACCGACGAUAAAAUUCUUGCAGCCUCCUACCAGAGAAUCUCCAGGUAUACUGAUGCAGCUACUGCUGAAUUGAUGGGAAUUAUGUGGGCUAUGCAGCUUGCCUUGGAGCAUAAGCUUGAUAAUAUUGUUUUUCAAUCGGAUGCCCUGAUCGUGGUGGAUUGUAUCAAUGGUGUUUCUUUUUCUGCGACUCUUGAUUUGCUUGUAAAUGAUUGCCGACAACUGUUAAAUUGUUUUUAA